UUGGGAGCUAUUUGUACCUGUGCACAAAGAAGUCAUAAACUUUGUCACACCUAUGGAUGCUACGACUCCAGUGAUACUCAACUCUGUAUGACGCUGGAUGGUGAUGAAGUCUACUAUGCGAACUUUACCGAAGAAGAUGUCAUUUGGGAUAGCAGAAUCCCAGUCGCUCUCCAUGUUUCGAAGGCGUACGAAUUUGCAGUGUAUUACAGAUCUCUAUGCAAAGGCAAUUUGGCGGCUUGGAAAAAUGACGAGUCAAUUUCAGCAGCGACCACAGAAACGCCAGAAGUCAUCAUCUACCCCAGAGAUGAAGUGGUUAUAGAGGAAGAGAAUACUCUCUUUUGCUUCGUCAACCAUUUCUUCCCUCCCAUCAUCAACAUAAAGUGGACCAGGAAUGAUACAGAAAUGAAAAUGGAAGAUCCUUUCAUCAAAUGCAUACCCAAUCCUGAUGGGACGUUUUAUGUGCUGUCCACACUGGCCUUUAUCCCAAAGGACGGAGACAUCUACGGCUGCACUGUGGAACAUGCAUCACAGGAGCCUCAGACCAAGUUUUGGGAGGUGGAUACAAGUGUUGGCACAACAGAGACCAGUGUUGGUCCGGUCAUCUACUUUGGACUUGCCUUGAGUUUUGGAAUUGUUGGUGUUGCUACAGGGACAUUCUUCUUUGUUAAAGGAAGACAGAUUGAGUCAAGCUGAAGAAAACCUUUAAUUUACUGUGUUCUACUAUUAAGCAACGGAAACACACUAAUACUUGGGACAUUUAUUUCAUUUUCUCAUAAUGGCACACCUUAAGGGUUUGUUUGCACAGUAUAUGAAAAACAUUUUAUAGUCCUUCUUUACGGAAAUACAUUUUUAUCCCCUGCUUGUUAUGACAUGGCAGUUUUCACUUACGAAGUUCAUGUGGUUAGACCGACAGCUUGCAAUAAAUAUGUCACAUUGUCAGUGGUUGCACCAAACUGAAAUAAAGUAAAGCAUGCCAUUGUUUUCUUUACAUUGGAGUACAAUAUGAACGUGAGUUGUG